CUGAAACGUCAGAACGGCAAGAAACCAGUAGGUUUUCAGAUAAGCAGAUUCGAUUCUGUUCAUUUGAUUACUCUAAAGGGGUAAACAUUAUUUUGUUGAAUUACCAGCUCACUACAAUUUUCAAGGAUCGUUUCCACAAUAGUGCUAAACAUGCUAUAGAAACUCUGUGAUAGAACCAAUGUUUUUUUUUAAUAAUUAGUACGCAUUAUUCAGCAACAACUCCUUCCUUUUUUAAACUGUGGAAAUAUUCUAACAUCAGAUACCGCCACCUAGUGGACUUGUGAUACUCCGCAAGGCAUGGCACCACGACUUUUAAAUGGAUUAUUUUGGGCAGAUCAGAAUCAGAAAGAGUUUUAUUGCCAGGAGCUGAACGUUUCCAGGAGCUGAACGUUUCCAGGAGCUGAAUGUUUCCAGGAGCACUGUCGUCUCCAUUACUGUGAAAUGGAAGGAGUUUGGAACCACCCGGACUCUUCCUGUUGAGCAGGAUUGUACUUCUGUUGGUCACAUCAGAUUGGGCUCCACCUUGGAAGCUUUCCACUGCAACACUGGAAGCAGAAUAUCAGUAUGAGGAGGUGAUGGGCAGCAGAAUAUCAGUAUGAGGAGGUGAUGGGCAGCAGAAUAUCAGUAUGAGGAGGUGAUGGGCAGCAGAAUAUCAGUAUGAGGAGGUGAUGGGCAGCAGAAUAUCAGUAUGAGGAGGUGAUGGGCAGCAGAAUAUCAGUAUGAGGAGGUGAUGGGCAGCAGAGGUCCGAGGAGGUGAUGGGCCGCAGAGGUCCGAGGAGGUGAUUGGCAGCAGAGGUCCGAGGAGGUGAUGCGCAGCAGAGGUCCGAGGAGGUGAAGGGCCGCAGAGGUCCGAGGAGGUGAUGGGCAGCAGAGGUCCGAGGAGGUGAAGGGCCGCAGAGGUCCGAGGAGGUGAUGGGCAGCAGAGGUCCGAGGAGGUGAAGGGCGGCAGAGGUCCGAGGAGGUGAUGCGCAGCAGAGGUCCGAGGAGGUGAUGGACAGCAGAGGUCCGAGGAGGUGAUUGGCAGCAGAGGUCCGAGGAGGUGAUGCGCAGCAGAUGUCCGAGGAGGUGAUGGGCAGCAGAGGUAUGAGGAGGUGAUGUGCCGCAGAGGUCCGAGGAGGUGAUGGACAGCAGAGGUCCGAGGAGGUGAUUGGCAGCAGAGGUCCGAGGAGGUGAUGGGCAGCAGAGGUCCGAGGAGGUGAUACGCAGCAGAGGUCCGAGGAGUUGAUGGACAGCAGAGGUCAGAGGAGGUGAUGGGCAGCAGAGGUAUGAGGAGGUGAUUGGCAGCAGAGGUCCGAGGAGGUGAUGGGCAGCAGAGGUCCGAGGAGGUGAUGCGCAGCAGAGGUCCGAGGAGGUGAUGCGCAGCAGAGGUCCGAGGAGGUGAUGGGCAGCAGAGGUAUGAGGAGGUGAUGGGCAGGAGAGGCCUGAGGAGGUGAUGGACAGCAGAGGUCCGAGGAGGUGAUGGGCAGCAAAGGUCCGAGGAGGUGAUGGGCAGCAGAGGUAUGAGGAGUUGAUGGGCAGGAGAGGCCUGAGGAGGUGAUGGGCAGGAUAACAGCUGUGUUCAGAAUGCAGGUGAUCCAGAGAUGGUAACAAAUGAAGCCAUGACCUUUGAAGACAGAUGGGAGUUUGGGGUGCGAAGAACACAGUCAGAACACAACCGGCUCUCAGUAAAUCUUGAAUAGAAAACAUGGAGAGAAGGAAAGAUAUAGAGAAGUCCAAGAGGAAAAAUAAUAUUUAAAUAUUGUGAAAAUGAUCUACUUUGUGUUUUAUUAAUUGAAUUUGUUUAAGUAUAUACAACACAUCUAAAAUAUAUUAUAUAUCUCAUCUGUCAUCUUUCUACUACAGCAGUCUCUCAUCUCUAUAUUCUCGCUUUGUCUCAUGUCUCUUUCUCAUAUCUCUUUCAUAUACAUCGAGUCCCUUGUCCCAGACAGUUACCCAGAGACCACAGACAGCUAGCUCAUCAUAUGCAUUCUUUUCAUAGUCAAACCCAGAGGUUCACCUGAAACCGGCCACAAAUCAACUAUGGGUAAUUGAUGAGUCAUAUUGUUCAUUGUCUCCUUUUUAAACCCUAUUUGGGGAAAAGUGUCAUUUUUUAUCCCUUCAAAUAAAGAAGCAUUUCUCAUCCUCAGUCCUGGGGACCCCAACUCUUGCACAUCCUCGGUUUUGCCCUGGCAUUAACCAACUCUCAAACAACCCUUGUCUGUUUGAAUCAAUGCAAGCAUUCACAUGGAAGGUGCACCUGAAAUAUACUUCUACUGUCCUAACCAAACUUUAAAGGAGAUUACAGUAUUUAUUACAAAAAUAAAUGUUCAUUGAGAAACAGUGAGACUAGGUCAUUAUCAACAAAACAUUUGCAACUAAGUGACAGUAUGUAUUUAAUUAAGUUAAAUAAAGCGCCUUAAGGAGACAAGAUUGUCUGAAUUUAAUUAUUGCAGGAUUAAUGAAUAUUGGCUGAUAUGAAGAUAUAACCAAUAAGUGCCUGACCUGCAGAAUGACAUUGUGAAAUCAUGAUUUGGAAAAACAGGGAAAAAUAUAGAAAGCAGAAAUAAGACUCAUUGUCUUUAUCUGAAUCAUGUUUGAUGUAUAUUUAGAUCAAUCUGUAUAAUCUUUACCAGGAAUCCCUUCUCUCUGUUCCCCUCCACUACCUUGAAGACGUGGAUGGAGGGACAAGCAGCUUAAAAGUUUCCCCAACGUAAUAGACCUUCAUGACAUAACGCGUUGCAUCAUGAACCCCAAAGUGAGUUAUGAUUAGUUAACCCUGGUGUUGCCAGGAACUCACUCCCUCUGCUCCUCCCCCAUGACAGAACACACGUCUUUGCAAAAUAGGUGAGAAGCUUGUCAGGGUGAGGUAUAAAUCAUCUGGGCUCAAGAACAGAAAGUACACAGGUUCUCCAGCCUGCAGCUGAAGACAAGCAGAAGAUAACCAGAAGACAACCAGAAGAUAACCAGAAGACAACCAGAAACAUUAGACUCUUUAACAAGACAAAGCCACUACCAGAAGCAGAAGACCUGAACCUGCAUUAGACUCCAGUAUAAUUUUUUAGAGUGUGUUGUAGUGUAAUCCAGGAUGUCUCGCCUCUCUGUCCUCCUGUUCCUGACGCUGGUUGCUGUGUUAUGGUGUGAGCAUGCCCAGAGCAGAGCUGUGACGUGCUCUAACCGCUGCUGCUCCUUCAUCGAGGGCUUCCCUGUCCGUUUAAAGGAGCUCCGCACUGCCUAUUCCAAUAUCCGAGACUACUAUGAGGCCAAUGAUGCUCUGGAGACGGCUCUGCUAGAUGAAAGCCUUCUACACAACUUCAUGAGCCCUUUCGGUUGUCACGCCAUAGACAGGAUCCUCAAGUUCUACCUCGACACAGUUCUACCCACAGCUGUGAACAACAACCAAACGCAUAACGACCUAAAAUCUCCAAUCGACUCAAUCGGAAACAUCUUUCACGAGCUGAAGAAGGAGAUGAUCCAAUGCAGGAACUAUUUCUCCUGUAAGAAACCUUUUGACAUACAGGAGUUAAUCUCUUCAUAUAAGAAGAUGGAGGCAAAUGGCCUGUAUAAGGCUAUGGGAGAGCUUGACCUGCUCUUCAACUACAUUGAAGAGUACCUGGUGUCCAAGAGACGCAAACAGUGACCUCUCAUCCCUGAGUGGACCAAUCAGAAAGAAGCAGAGGCGGAGCUGGAGAGACAGAGAGCUGCAUCAGUGUCUGCUAAUUAACUCAAAUGCAAUGUAAAUGAUCGGGCUGGCCACUCCCCUCUACAUUACAUUUCAUCCAGAGCUACUAACAGGAACUAUUAGGGUUAAAUGACUUGCUCAAGGGCUCAUUAAUGUUAGUCUUUAAAAUUGUCAGCUUGUGGAUUCAAUACCAGCAACAUUUGAUGACUGGCUGAACCUUUUGCAUCUGCCCUGGGUCCAGCCUUAACCUCUUGCCACUAACCUUUAACCUAUAACUUUGAAAUACCUGGAAUUCUUGACUUUGUUGAAGAGCAGAACAUGUGUUUUGCAUUGUUACUGUAUUGUGAGUUAUAUCAUUAUUGUAGUUAUUUAUGGUUCAAGUUGAAUCACAGACUGCUGUGCCGUUAAUGUCAAACAAGCCCUCUUCUCUCUCUUUGGUUCUGAACCACAUUUUGCCUCAGAUGAAUCAUCAGUAUGGUUCUUAUUAAUGAGUUAUAUUAACUCAAAGCACUGCAGGCACGUGCUUCUGUGGAUGUAGGAUUAUUGUACUACCGAAAGCAAUUUUGUGAUGAAUGUGUAAAAACUGAGAUGGUGUAGACAGGCCCCUGUUUUAUAUAUACUGUCCAACACCGUGGUGUCUCGUGGACUGGUCUGCAGUCAUUGCUUUAUUAGACAUGAUUAUGUUACUAGUGCAUUGUAACUUUUAAAUGUAGCCUAUAUUUAUUACCAAUAUCAGUAUUGACUCAAAUUAUAUAUGUCUGUGAUGCUGUGGAAUAUAUCACCAUGAUGUUUGUACUAAGUAUUUAUUAGACAAUGUGAAUGUGUUUAUUUUGUAUUGAAGACUAAUGAAGUCCCUACAUGCCAGUGGUUCCCAACUCCGGUCCUCGAAUACCCCCAACAGCACACAUUUUUGUUGUAGCCCUGGACAAGCA